AACUGUAUAUAGCCUUAGUAAAAUAAAACAAUCCGAUUGAAUCGUUUAUUGGAGUAUUCCAUAUCUUUGUAUAUUUAUACCUGUAAUUAAUGUAUACAGAUAUGAUCAAGGAAGUUAUUUUGUUAGGAAAACACAUGUUUAAAAGGAUAUAACAUGAGUAACAAUGGAAGAUAGUUGAUUUCCAUAAUGACUAGGAUAUCCAUUAUUCGUUUAAAGUUGUGUAAUACAUAUACCAAACUUCCUUGUAAUUAUGUGAUGUUUAUUUAAUUGUUCAUCGGUGCCUUUAUUAACAAUACCUGUAAACAAUUUAUUUAUGGAACUUUCUGCUGGUAAAGUAGUGGUUGGUGUUUUACUUAUUUUACCGGUCUUUAUUGGUGGUACCUGUAUCAACAAACAUUACUCAGUCCAGGAAGACUUUAAAAUAUUUGACGAAAAUCAAAUAGCAGAUUUUGAUUAUGCCCAAUUUGGUAAAUCAAAGACAAUUGAUUGCUGUGCACAUAACAUCAGCAGGAUACUGUGGUAUUUUUGGAACAAACAAUAUCCAGAAUGGCGGCUAUUUCCAUGGGAACCAUACUGCAGUAUUUGUGAUAACCGACCAAAAUUAGAAGAUAAUAAUCAGACAUUAGUGCUAAUGGAGACAGGAAACGGAGAUGCUGGAAUUUACAGAUGCAUAGCAAUGUCUGAAAACAGUAUCAUAGCGGAGCACAACACUACUUUAGAAGUAUUUUCUUGUACAGAAAGAGAAACACCACUAUAUAUAGCCCCACAAGACAAGUAUGCUAGUAUUGGUGACACUGUUACAUUUUCUUGUGCUGGAGAUUUUGGUUGUACAAUUGACAAAUUCAGACAAGUGGGGUGGUAUGAUGAGAACUAUGAUUUUAUAAAUAACUCUAGAUACUCCACCAGUAACGCAGAAAAAUACGGUGAAACAUACGUUGAAGUCAAUCUAACUAUCACAGACACCAAUGAGAGUGAUUUUAACCAAACUUUCAUCUGUAUUGUAUCAUCCACUUCUGAUUAUCAGUAUUUUGAAGUUCAUAUUUUAAAGAAACGAACAACUGUUUCAAUCACAAAUACUACUACUACAAAAAAGAUGCAUCUACCAGCUGGUGUUAUAGUUGCCAUUAUUGCCUCGGGAAUCCUCAUGGUGAUUGGUCUUCUUCUUCUAUUGUUCCGGCCGAGAGUAAAGUUGUUUAUACUUUCUCGUAUACCUUGUGGUCACCUAUCUGAUAAAGGAAGCAAAGAUUAUCAUGCCUUGAUAUUACACGAUGACGAAUUUGAAGAUAGAAAAAUAGCAGAAGUAUUGAAGACUAGACUUGAAGAAGAUGCUUAUUCUGUUAUAAUGUCUUCUGAAGUUCUAGGAGGUCAAGAUAUAAUACGAACACUUGGCGAAUUCUGUCAGAAUAGUGGUAGCUUAAUAAUUAUUUAUCCAACAAAAGCUUGUAGUACAACUUUUCAAAGAGAAAUUGGUGCACAAAACUAUUUCGAACCAAGUCUAAUUACAGUCAUAAAACAGAGAGAAAUUGAAAAACGUGUAAAAGCUCUGGAAGACGUAGGCCUAAGGAAGAUAACUUGGCCGGAUGGAGGGGAUUUUUCGCUUUUCGAAGAGACAAAUUUCUAUAGUAAACUUAAACUUAGAAUGCCGAGAAGGAGUUCACAAAACAUAAAAUGUUGCACAUGUUGUAGAUCAAACAAGUCAACUUAUAAUGAACACAUUUCAGAACAAAGUUAUUCGACUAAAUUCUAACUUAAAAAAGAUAAUUUAUAUCACGACUUACUUUCUUGCAGCACAAGGUGGUUACCCUAGUAUUUCUACAACUAAAGGGAUACAAUCCAUUCUUACAACCGAAGGAAUGUUAAUAUUGUUGUAACUUUUUUUCAAGUAUGACCGAAGUUCAAAAUAUGUCGAAAAAAUAUUGUCAACACUGACACAAUUAAUAUGUAAUUUCAUUGAGAAGGUUCGUUUUUUAUACCCCCACCGUCAGUCCAAUGAAUAUUUUCGAAUAUUUUUCUCCGGAACUACAAAACAAGGAUUUCUGAAAUUGGGUUUCAAGGUUUAUAUAUGUCAGCUAUACUGUGCGAUGCGUUUUCAGAUACAGCACCCGACAAAUUCCUGUUUACCGAACACUUGUAUCAUUAUACACAUGAUAGCCAAGGUGAAGUUUGUCGUCACAUUUUUCUCAGGAACUACAAUACAAGGGUUUCUGAAAUUUGAUUUCAGGGUUUAUACAAGUCAGCUUUACCGUGUGAUAUGUUUUCAGAAUCAUCUCUCAACAAUUUCCUGUUGGCCGAACACUUGCAUAUUUUACACUUUUAAAAUUAUCCACUUGCGGCGGGGUAUGAUUAGUGAGCAGUAGCACACAGUUUCACUUGUUUAUCACAAUUGACACGGACAGUAUUUGCAUUGUUAAUUUCGAAAUGAAUAAAUAUAAACAUUUUUAUAAUGGUUGAUAUUCUCAAAAGCUAGUACAUAUAAUGAGGAAAAUACCAGUUCAUAUAUAUCACAUAUGUUUUUUACAUUUGUAAAAAAUAAAACACAUUUUCUUCAAAGCCUCGCACCUUUAACAAGGAAAACAGACUUUUAAGGAUCGCAUACAUAUUCACAUUCUUCCAGUUCAGCAACAUUACCAGAAGUUAACAUAAAUAAAGACAAAAGUAGUAAUAUGUUGGUGUUAUAAAUCGACUGAGAGAAAACAAAUUCGUGCUACAAACUAAGCCGAGGUGAACAUAUCAACUAAAAUUGAAAGACGGUUCUCAUUAAUACCAACAGUUUUAUCAAUACUGCGUGUAUGUAUUAAAAAUCUAUAUUCUGCAGCUGUUUAAAUUAUACUCCCAAAAAAUAUCCCGAAAUGAAAAAUUAAGGUUGAGAAAAAAAAUGAAACUUAAAAGAAGACAUUUAUCAGCAGCAGUUUGUUACACAGAUUUGUUGUAUUGUCUAGGAGGACACAUUAUAUUGUAGGAGUUCACUUAUAUUGAUGUCCGAAUAUAUCCCUCAGUUUAUUUAGUCCUGGUAUCUAUGAUGAGUUUAUUUGCCAUGAUAUUCGAAAACUAGAGUUUGAUAACGGAUUGCUUAAUUAAGUUCUAUUUACCCACGUGUUCUUAUUCACAGAUGAUCAAGGAUAUAUUCCGUUGGCCACUUGUUGAAACCAAAAUGCCAUCCUCUUUCUCCCGUUUAUGUAAUAAUCUUAUACCCAGUAUCAUUGGAUUUUGAUACCUUGAACUAAAUUUCUAAUUCCACUUGAGGAUCCAAAACUGCUUAGCCUUGUCAGCAUUUAAUUUUAUGAACUGCUUUUCUAGUCUUAAGUUCAGAGCAAGAUAUUUCAAGCAAUCGUUAGAUCUGUCAAAAAGUAGGUUCAUUGUUUUAUUCCUUUCGUCCAUUGCAUAUGUUAUACCUCAUAUAAAUCUGACACUGGUUAUACAAUUGACAGGUUUAGCUUAUUAUCAAUCCAGGUUAAUCUAUACUUUUCUACAUUAGGAAAUGCCUGAAGUUAGUUUCCAUGCGUUUGAUGUAUUUGUGCUUUAGAUUUUGACAAUUAAUAAAGAUAUUCCAUAUUGAA